GCGCGGAGAGAGUGGCGGCAGCGGCGGUGGUGGCUGGCAGGCAGCACAACAAACGUUUCAACGCUAUCUCUAUCCCACUGCAAUUGAAAGAGACAUUCGUAUGCGCGCCAUUUCAGCGUUUCGAUGUGUGUGCAUCUCUAAUCUAAAAUCACUAAAAGCAGUGCAAGGUAGUUGUUGAAUCACCCGCCGCACCGCUCGCUCGCUCGCUUGCACGCCGUUGCUGCCGCCGCCGCCGUCGAGAGAGGCCCGGAUCCGCGGCAUUUAAUACAAUCAUAACGCACCAUGGCCGCAUUUUCGCGACGUGCCGUUGAAAAACCCAUUUCGCGAUCCGAACGCAGCGGACGGCGCGCGUCCAAAUAGUUGAAACGUCGGCCGGCGGUGAGAGGCAGACGACGACGCGGUGGCGGCGUCGCGCUGAUCUCUCGUCUUCGCGUCUCGCGCUCUGUGUUGAUGUAGUAAACACGUGCCUCGCGUGUGUCUGCCUCCUGCUCGCGCUCGCUCACGCGCCUCCCGCCGCCGCAGCCAGAGCCAGCCCGCCUGGCUCGGCUGUUUUCAUGCAAUCUUAACAAAGGACAGGCACAACCAUUCAUAUUGAUUUUCCGUGAUAAACGACGAAUAAAAAACUUGUUGAAUCUCAAUCCUGGUGAUAGCUUUAUGUUGCCCCGCACGCGGCCAACAACCAUCCAGCGACGAUCGCGUACGCACGGCGUCGCUGGAAUAAAAUUCACAUCCUCCGGCGCGGUCAUUUUAUAAUUUUACUAAAAUUUAAACCAAACGUGAAUUGUGAUAAUUGUGAGCUUAUAAAUUUUAUAUAGUGAUAGUUGUAACAUUAAUCGGGCCCGUGACGAUGGAUGAGCCGCUAAACUUGAGCAUUCGAAAGAAACCUGUGGCGAUCGUCGCACCGUCGUCGAUCGUCGACGGCAACGGCAACAUUAAGCCGACCGUCUACCACAAUAAAUUAGGCGAGCACGCCGCCAAGACUGAGGACGCGCCGGAAGACCUGUCCGUCAAGAAGACGAACAUGAUGAACGGCAAGAGCAGCCCGCCGCAAGACUGUGAUAAGCCCGAUAAUCUAAGUAGCGACAGCAAGAAGGACGUUAAUGGUCCGCUGCCACCGUGGCAGUACGCGAACGAGGAUCUGCGCAAAUAUUUGUCAAAGAGCGUGAGCGAACAGGUCAAGAACAAUUACAACAAGAAUUCAUUCGCGGAGAGUGUGAUGGCCAAGGACAAGGACCUCACCACUAACAUCUUUAAAGACGUCUACAAGAAUAACGACAGCUAUGAGAAGAAUCUUUCGUCCAACGAUAAUAUUUACUCGAUGAUCAAUCACCUAGCCGAGCACAAGUUUCUCACCGCUUGGUAUAUGAAUUCCGUGCUGAACAUGAACCUGCCCUAUUUUAAUUUGAACAAUUACGAUGCGGCGGCGGCGGCGGCGAACAACGGCUCCGUAUCGGCCAAUAAUGGUAUUCUAAAUAAUCUGCUGAACAAGAAAAUUGAAAACGAAGUGAAAAUUCCGAGUCAUUUAGAUACGCUCAUAAAAAACGAGAUGCGCGUGAAUAAUGUCAAGUCGCCCAACGCGAAAGCGCCCAGGACGCAAGCGGACCAAAAGAACAACGUAUGCGAUGUGAAAAACAAUCAGGACAACAGUAACUCGGCCGACAAAAAGAAGCCCCACAUCAAGAAACCCCUCAACGCCUUCAUGCUGUACAUGAAGGAGAUGCGUGCCAAAGUUGUCGCCGAGUGCACGCUGAAAGAGAGCGCCGCGAUCAACCAGAUUCUGGGACGAAAGUGGCACUCUCUGAGCCGAGAGGAGCAAGCCAAAUAUUACGAGAAGGCACGGCAGGAGCGCCAAUUGCACAUGCAGCUGUAUCCAGGCUGGAGCGCUCGAGACAAUUACGGUUACGGCACCAAGAAGAAGAAACGAAAGAAAGAGCGUACGCCCAUCGAAUCGGGAGGAAACAGCAUGAAAAAGUGUCGAGCGAGAUAUGGUCUCGACCAACAAAGCCAAUGGUGCAAACCCUGCAGACGCAAGAAAAAAUGCAUACGAUACAUGGAAGCAGGCGAUUCCAACGACGGCAAUCAAUCCGACGACAACCUGGGCAGCUGCGGCAGCAUGGGAGACGCGCACACCCCGCCCGAGGAUGACGCCGAAAGUUUGAACCAGUCCAUGUCGAGUCCUGGCGGCCUGUCAGCGCUGAGCUCUCUUACCAGCCCCGGCGGCGUCGUACUUCCGAGUCCUUCGACGAGCGUCGCUAGCCCGUCGGUGUCGGUAGCUAGCCCCUACAUGCUCCAGAGUCCGCUUACACCGCACGAGGCCCUUCUGCACGAAAUCAAGAUGCCGCUGCCACCGCCGCAAAUGCUGCACCCAGCGCGCCACCCGGUUGGCACAAAUCCACACGACAUCAACAACCCACUGAGUGUGAAUCAACUGACAGGACAGUGUGUGAAAAGUGAACCUCCGGACGCGGCCAACAAGGACCCCACGCGAUCCAUUAUUAGUGUUACAUAGCCCGGAUUCUUUUGCGUGCGCGCCGGCUGCUUCAGCUCGAAGGUGAACAGUGUCCUUGGCAUCCUUAAGGCAAUGACGACGAGGACGAUAAGGAAAGCACAUGCGUUGCGCAAAAUGCUUCGACUGUACGCGCAUCGGCAUUGUUUAAAUCGGUUCCGACUUGUUGGUCUGUCGUUUCGCACAAAUAAUUAUGAAAAUACCCGUCUUUAUUUGCAUUUUAAAGAAGUUGAUGUAAAUAAAACAUAUCUAGCUAUUUUUAAUAUUUAUUAGGAAACAGAUAGGCGGCAAGUGCUUAAUCGAUUUAAAUGAUUGCGAUGAAGGAAUUUUGUAUUAUACUGUGUAUAUCUUCAUGUUUUUGUUUUACAAAACAUUGCUGUGCUUUUGCAUAAAUCAAUUGGUCUUGUUCGAAGACGCGUGGUGAGAAAUGGGGUGGGGUGUUGCGGAACGAGCGGUGAUCUCAAUCGACGAAAAAAGACAAUGCGAAAAACAUGCCGUUCUUCAGCAUCUAAUUUUAAUUAAAACUAUGUAACAAAAAUGUCAUUUGCCAAAUCUGCUAUAAUUACUUUAAUGCGAAAGUAUCAUGCACGUCAAAUUGGAGAACGGGACUGAUGUUGGGUAAAAUCGAUCAAUGUCGGAUUUAUUGUGCAUAUAUUUACCGUACUUAAGGUUUUCAAUUACAAAGUGUAAUCUUUAUAUAUACAAACAAAUGAUGCGAAAACGGGAGGAAAAGAAAUACCAGUUAGAUUUCGUUUUGUAAAUAUUUAUCGAUCUUCGUGUACAGAACUUCUUCGUGUGGUAAGAUCAUCCAUACACAUUCUGAUAUUAAUUUGAUCCAUUGAAAAACUCCAAUUAUUGUUAUUAGUUAAAAUGCGCGCUAUACGGUGUUCAUUGGCGUGAGUUUGCGAGGGCAGCCAACUGUUAUUUAUGUCCACCCGUGUAUUUUUCGUAAGUCUGAAAAUCUAAGCAUAAUUUGAAUAAUUCAUGUUUACAUUGUUCAACGUACAAGUACAUGGAAUCAUAAACAACAUCUUGCUCUUGUAUUAUUAGCGACAUCUGAAAGUAUCUAUGGCACGAUUCCUAUUCAAAAUCGUUUAACAUUCUACGAACAAAUUGUCUGUGCACAAGCUUUCAAUUUAUUUGCAAUAUUUGACAAUUUACAAUAGAUUCGCAUAAAUUUAGCAUCCACAAUCAAUAAAUAAUCAACCCAGUUUAGAGAGACGUUUCUCUUUCUAUUUCUUGAUACUAAUUAAAUUAAUACUACUGAGCACCGAGCAGCAGAACAUAACAGUACUAUACACGUAAAACAGUACAGAGCAAUAAGCCACCAGUCAAAUAGUACCAAACCAAGAGAAAUAAGUUACAGUUAGUAGUCGCCAGCAGCGCAACGAUAAUUUUAAAUAUCCAAUUAUAGACUUGAAACCUGAAACAAUCACCGCUUCUGAUUAUGAGUUUUUCCUGCCAUCAUUAUUGACGCCCACCACCUGAAUUUUUCUCCGCAUUCAAAUACGACUUAUUCAUUUAGUCCGUUGCGUUGCUGGCAAUAAAUAAUUCACAUGAAUGAAUGUUUCCACAAACUUUUCGAUAAGUUUUAUGUAUUUUGAAAAUUACUUUGUAUUUAUAUGUCAUGUAUAUAAAAAGAAUGUUAUAUAUAUAUUUGAGAGAGUGUUUUGUAAAAUUUAUUAUUUUGAGAUUUAUUAGAUUUUAUUUGUUAUUUAGGUAGAACAAAGAGCCAGAGUUCUCUAAAAUGUUGAGUUCAAAUUUAAAUUCUCUUAAGGGCACUUUGUAAUAAUGAGGUUGCAAUUAUGAAUAACGAUAGAUUCAUUCCUUGUCAGCACAUGUUUUGUACUGCGCUAAACAUCACAUUGUUAUAAUGCAUAUGCCAUGAAGAUAAGGACCGUUUUUCAUAAAUGCGACUGCUUUUUAUAAUUUUCUUGUAAUGCAAUGUUUUUGAAUAAUGCAAUAUCGUGGAAUCAAGUUGGAAACGUCAAUUUCAUUCAUAAAAGAAAAAGAAAAACACGAAAGAAAUACAAGGAGUGGAAACGUAUAUGAGACGCGUAGUGUUCAAACUUCAUUUACUGUUAAAGUAAACAUGUGAUAUUUUAUACUAUAUUUAAUUAUGUAGAAUUAUAAUUUUGGCUCCCCCUCAGGAUUUAACGCAUUUACGUUUGAUCUAACUAUUGUGUUUAGAUUUAUUCAAGAUACUUUCAAUCUUUAUUGAAAACACCAUUAAGGUUGAGUGAAAACAUGCAGAGCUUUGAUAACAAGUUGCGGUAUAAAGAGAAAUAUUAUUUUGUUUCAUUAGAAACGAGUGCCAUAUGAUGAACAAUUUUUCUACAACCUGAAUGAAAAUAAACUUAAAAGAGUUGCAAGACAAUUACUUUUACUGACUGUUUAGGUUUAGACACACAUACAUUUAGUUUGGAUAAGUGCAAUGUUAUUUUUUUGUCGAUGCGUUUUGUUGAUAGAAGAGAACAACGCUAUGUUGAUAUUGUGCCACAUUAGAUUCGAGCAAAAAAUGUAAAUGUUUGUUUCGUGAACGAAAUACAAAGGAAAUAGUAAUUGGAUAUAGGUAUUCUUUUAUGAAUUUAUUGCGAAAUAUUGUAACGUUGAAACCAAACGAUUUGUGAAAACUGAGCGAAAACUGUGUGUACAUUUCACGAAACAUGGAUAAUUCAAAUCGAUUUUAUUAUGAAUUAUGAGUAUUCCAUCAUGACAUAAUAAAUAAUAAUUAUACAUUUAUAAAUAAAUUAAAAUAGGUAUAAAUAUAAUAGAUGUUAAUGUCUUUGUAAGUAGAAAUUGUUCGUAACAUCGUAUUAGGAUAGAGAAAAUACAAUUCAAUACAAAACAUUAAAAUCUUCUUUUUAAAUUA